UCGCUUAUGCUGAUGAUCUGAUACUUUUGCUGGGCCUGAAAUAACCGUAGUUUUCUGGUCGAUAUUGCCCAUUCUUCCAUUAUGUCCACUCCGGAAAUGAUACUGUUUUGAUUUAACUUGUAAUGUUUUUUUAAACUUAUUCCCAUUUUGAUUGUGUUCGGCCUGAACCAUGGCAUCAACAUCGCACGAGGAAAUCGCGAGUUCCUCUGAAGGAGAAAUCCAGUUUCUUAUCGCCAAAUACCUUCAGAAUGGCCCGUAUAAGGAUGUUGGUGAUCUACUGGUCAAGAAACUGGAGGAUGGAAAGAGUUUACCCAAACGCGUUGACUGGCAAGGACAGGAGCAUGAUGUCGAUUUUGACGAACUGAAUGAAACAUAUUCCCAUGUGCCACCGGACUAUCUGGUCAAGGUCGCUGAGAAUUUCGGAUCCAAUCUGGAUGAAGGCAGUCGACAAAACAACGUCGAAGGUGUUUCCUCCUUGCUGCAUAGCGCUGGGUGUGGUCGGCUGGACCCCUUGCGCCGGGCGGAAGACUCGAGGAAAGCUCGUUGGGGCACGAAACAGUUGUUAUAUUCGCGAAAUCCUUGGACUCCUCGCACUCUACCGCUCAUCGUUGCUAAAAACUCUAGAGGCAAAGCUGAAUCGGACGAAGGCAAGGGCGAUGCAAUAAUUCCUUCCCUCCCUGGAUGGCCCCAGCUUGCCAUUGCCGGACAGAUCAGUGGGCUGGUUAAUCCCGAUACAACAUUUUCCAAAGUAUUUUACAGCAAGUUUGAAUUGCACAAACGAAUCCUGGGACAUUUGGCUGCGGUCUUUAAUGUCCUUUUCGAUAAAAGCGGAAAAUUUUUACUUACGGGCUCAGAUGACCGUUUAUUAAAACUGUGGAACGUUGCCGAUGGCCGACUGUUGUUCACAUUCCGGGGCCACAGUAACGAAGUAGUGAUAAUGGCCAUCAACGAUGAGAACACAAUGUUGGCUUCCGUAGCCACCGAUCGAACUAUCCGAAUUUGGGAUCUGCAAACCGGUGCGCAGAUUGUGGUCCACAAAUGCUCCAACCAGUAUGCGUUUAUCUCCAGUCUGAAGUUCUCUCCUUCCGUCCGUGGAAAUUACCGGUUUCUCAUCGCCUCGGCCAUGGAUGGAACAAUAACGAUAUGGAAAUACGAUAAAACCACUUUGAAAUUCGCUCCUGGCGAGGUUAUCAUAAACGAAAGGGUUGGCGAACAGAGCCCGACAAAGAUUUGCUCUAUGAGCCUUAGCUCAGGUGGGACGUUUUUGGCUUCGGGAUGUUCCGAAGGUUUCCUCCGUGUGUACAAUCUCAUGGCUGACGGCGGAACCAACAAGAUCUUCGAGAAGCGGCUGCACAGCGAGCGUGUGGACAGCGUGGAGUACUGCCAUGUCGGCGAUCGAGUCUUGACGGGCAGCCGUGAUGGUACCGGUCGCAUCUGGCUGUAUCGCCGUCAGGAAUGGUUUUCCAUUAUGUUGAACAGUGCUCAAACUCUCAAAAUAGCCGGAUCGGAUAAGCAUGAUCCGCGCGCCUUCAAACGUCGUGUAACGAUGGUCGGUUGGUCUCGUAACGACCAGUACGCAUUAAUAGCGUCGGACGACUGGUUAAUACGCGUUUUUGACUCAUAUGACGGCCGUAUGGUGUUUGAGUUGAUCGGACACUCCGAUAGCGUUUAUGUCCUUGAAAGUCAUCCUUUUGACACCAACAUCUACCUCACCGCUGGACACGAUGCCCGUCUGGUUAUAUGGUCAUUAUUAGAUGGCACCAUGCUGUGCCGCUUCGAACAGUGGAUUACUGGACACGGUGCUUCACCUUUCGUCGACGCUAAAUGGAGUCCCUGUGGAACAAUGUUUGCGGCGACGGACAUGUUCGGAUCUUUAAAUAUUUAUGGUCGUGGUUCCGGGGCAACAUACUCGCAGACACCAGAAGAGCAGUUUUUUCACACGGACUACCGGCCUUUAAUGAAAGAUCACGCGGGGUUUGUCGUGGACGAACAGACCCAGCUGGCGCCCAAUUUGAUGCAACCAGCUUUCCUGGUCAGCGCCGCUGGUGUACCGUAUCCGCCUAAUUUGCAGAAAUUGGUGCCGGGGAGACGCGAUUCCGAAGAGCAGAUGAAUGUGCCCGCCGAGCCAUUACCGGCAUUGGAUGCUGCACUGCAGGCGCUUAACAAUCAAGCGCAGUUGCCGCCGGGACAGGUUGCCGUACAGGAGGCGGUGGGGAUCCAGUAUGAUCAUCCGCCGUAUGUGCCACAGCCUCUUGAUCGUCGCCUGGCGGCCAGUAUGUUCCGCCGGCAUCAAGAAUUGGCGGUGCUGGAGAUUGAGCGAUUCCGAGAACAGAAGGCGCUGACGAAGGAUACCAGUGUGAGGAAUAAAGAUGGGACGACGGUGUUCGUGGCACCUCCGAAAGCUCUCACGCAGAAGUUGGAACAGAUGCAGCGUCUCAACAAUGAGAACCCCUUAGUGGCCGAACAGGCGCAACAACAGCAGCAGCAAAAUCUUUUACUGUUUGAUGAAGAUGAUUCAGAAGAUGAAGAUUUCCGUAUGGAAGAACAGCCACCAGACAGCCCUUCGGAGAUGUCGGAGGAAUUAUCCGACGCGGAAAUCUCCAUCGCUAGUGUUGAAGCCAGAGCCAGGCAGCGCGACAAUGGUCAACCGCAAGAAAAUGGCGUCCGGCGUAGUAAUCGCAAACGAAAGCGCUCCGACUCUGGAAGUGAGAAGGAGAACAGCAUUAUGGCCGAAGAGGAAGUGGACGAGGUGGACUACGAAGGCCCUUCCACCUCCCGCGGUCCUCCACCACUACGUUCGUCGCGGGCUGCUGCCAAGAAAAAAACCAAGCCGCCCAUCACUUCACGCGAGAAGAAACUGCAGUCGAAGAAGAAAAAGAAAAUGGAUAAUAAGAAAUCAGUACCGUCCAAACUAAGCCGUAAGAAACCCAAGAAGAGUAAGCGGAUCCAGAAAGACGAAAAACCUCGAGUAUUGCCGGAAGAGAGAUCAUUUCCCAAGUGGCUCACGGAAACCGUACCCAAACCUGCCCCGUAUUUUCCGCAGAUUGGUGAUGUUGUGUACUAUUACCAGGAGGGACACGAAAAGUAUGUUAGGCAAGUGAUGGACGAGGGUAUUACGUCCAAAUUGUUCAAAGGAAUGCCUCGACCGCAAUGGAAUUUCAAGGAAGUGGAAGAGCUGGAAAUUGUUGCUCUUAAGUUUGUCAACGUCAGUGUUAAGCCUCAGACACAGAGUGCCCCCACGAUCCACCACAUAGCCGAAAUUGAAAUGAAACGCAUAGGCGUUCCACCGAAUGGAAAAACGUUCAAAAUCAGUUUUCACGAAAUGCCAGAUAUUGAAGAUUUUCUGGUGCUGCAACAUCAUGUGCUGCGGAGUCAGAAUGAGUUGUGGCAAGAGGGAGCCCGGGUAAAAAGCCUGUUCUGGGACAAAGGCGAACUUCGCUGGUACAAGGGCACUAUUGAGUCUGUGUUGCCCGAUGCACCCGGCAUGUACCACAUGCUGAAAGUCAGGUGGGAAGGAUCGGAAGAUGCUGAGCCGAUCAGUCCAUGGGAUCUCCAUUUAAUUACGCCAGAAGAAGAGGAAUUAGUACAGGAUGGUGCCAUUGUUACCGCCCCGGAACUGCGUAGCAUGGCCUACCAACCAACUGCUGCCGACUGGAACGAUCAAGAUCCCGAUACGGAAAUAAAUCGCAUCUUAGAAGUGCUGCACACCGUAUCUUCGCUGAAUGAAGCGGAACAGUUUGCCGCCCCGGUUGACCUGGAGCGCUACCCAGAUUAUGUGAUGGAGAUAGCGUAUCCUGUAGAUCUCAAUACCAUCCAGCAACGCUUGUCGCAGCGGUUCUAUAGACAUAAAGCCGCCUUGAUAUUCGACUUCAAACAGAUAGCCAGCAACUGCGAAAAGUACAAUCUCAAUUCGACGAUUUCCAUGCACGCCAACUUUAUUGCUGACAUUUGUACCGAUAUUACCAAUGAUUCAUCGACAUCAAUUGUGCCGGGAUCUACCUACAUGGAGCGCAUAAAGAAGAAAUGGCGUGCAGAAUUUGAAGCUCGUAAGAAAUCUGAGGCAGCAAACGGUCGCGCCGCACCUAGCGUUAACGCCUUUGUUGACUCGUCCAUCUUGUCGGAUUCCGAAGAAGAGAAAUCUGCUGAUGACGAUAACGACAGCGAAUUCUCACUGCAGCCGGGUGAUGACGAACCCAGCGACGAGGAAAUGGGCGUGGAGCCGCCGACCGUCGCCGAGGAUAUGUCGGAUGCGCCCAGUGAGGACGAUGACGAUGACGACGGAUAUAAUUACGGCCGGAAGCCCCGUCCCCAGCGGAAGAAAGCCGUACCGGUGCGACUGUGCGGCAACGCUCCCAAACUGCGCUACCGCCCACGUCCAGGACAGCUGCGACGGGAUUCCGCGUCGGAUGAAUCAGAGAUGGGCCAUCAUCGUGCCAGCAGGCAGAAGGCUGCCAAAUCGGCCAAACACCACCGCCGCAUGGCGCGACGGAAGAGCAGCAGCGGGGCUAAACCGCUGCGUAACCAUACGGCACAGGAGAACGGUGUGGGUACGGCGCGAUCGAUGCGCAGCGUCGGCAAGCGGAAGACGGUGGAGGAGCCGACAAUGCAGCGGCUUCGGAAGCGCUCAGCGGCCACUCUGUUCAGCUAUGCGGAAUCGGAUCUGGAGACGAAUCACAACAGCCCGGCGGAGAGCGGACGCUCCUCGGCGUCCAUGGUGCCGACAGAAACCCGCAGUGGACGUAAAGUGAAACGGCCGGGAAUGUACGAGCCGUGAGCGCUGUGAUUAAUGCGGACGCUGAUGGAGGAUAAUCAGUGGGAGGAAGCAGUAAUAUAAUUUGAUGGCAUUUAUCGAUAAUUGUGCUGCAGGGAUGGGCGUCGGGAGGAAUGUUUAAAAUCGCUCACUGUAUUGUCUUUGAGUUCUUUUUUUGUUUUUUAAUGCUUAUUAGAAGAGAUGCUGUUUUAGUCGGUUUUUACAGAUGAUGUAUAAGUACUCAAUUGUUUACAUUCGUUGGGUUUGUCUUUUCACGUCGUUUGACUGAGGUAUGAAGAAAAUAUGCUUUAAUCUG